AUGCCUCCCCGCCAGUGGAUUGACAAGAAAAAUGCGACGACUUAUCAACUUUUCCAUCGUUCUCAGCAAGACCCGCUGAUCCAUGAUCCUCAAGCCGAGGAUCGCGUGCUGCACCAAGUCGGUGGCCCUGCGCCCUCUUCCUCGACUGCUUCCACUUCGUCCCAGAAACCUUCCCGAAAUCUGUCAGAGCUUCAAUCCGAGUUCAAAAAUCAAGCAAUUCGCCGUAAUGAGGGUGAAGCCGCAAAUUUCGGCAUCUACUACGAUGAUACCAGAUAUGAUUACAUGCAACAUCUGCGUGAACUCGGCACCGGCGGUGGCGAUGCACACUUCGUUGAGGCCAAGGUUGAAAAGGGCAAGGGCAAGGACAAACCCAUGAAGUUGGAGGAUGCCUUGCGUCAAGUCUCUUUGGAUGAUUCUCGAAGCCAGUACGGUUCACAGUUUGGUGACAUGCGCUCGACUGCCUCGUCGUACAUUCGCAAGCCAACCUAUCAGGAUCAGCAAGAUGUUCCCGAUGCGAUUGCUGGUUUCCAGCCCGAUAUGGACCCCCGUCUGCGCGAAGCCCUGGAGGCUUUGGAAGAUGAGGAAUAUGUCGACGAUGAUGGCGAGGAUCUGUUUGGCGAGUUGACCAAGGAAGGCGAGGAGUUGGACCCAGGUGACUGGGAGGAUACUUUGUUCGACGAGGAAUACGACGAGGGCUGGGAGUCGGACGCCACAGAGAAGGCACCUGUUCAGAGGAACACAACGGAUGUUCUACGAACUACUCAGGGUGAGGCGAUGCCGAAGGAGUCCCUCGAACCGGGCGAGAUGCCUGAGCACGACGUACCUGCCCCGGAUACGCAGCCCGAUACCCAAGGAUGGAUGCACGAGUUCGCGAAGUUCAAGAAAGAUGCCAAGACAGGCAAGGCCCCCGUCCCAGCUGCGCCAACGAUUGCGCCCUCGGAGCAGCAGACCGUGGCAUCUACUGCCUUCACAGUUGGCGGCACUCCAAUUCGUCGCAAGAAGCGCAAGGGUGCUUUGACUAAUCCUUCCGCUUACUCCAUGACUUCGUCGGCCCUCGCUCGGACUGAGGGUCAUCGAUUGCUGGACGAUCGGUUUGAAAAGGUUGAGGCCUUGUACUCGCUCGAUGAGGAAGACGAAUACGACGACAACAUGUCCAUGGUCAGCGGUAUGACCGGAGCCACCGGCAUGACGGGCAUGUCAACUGCAUCCUCAACUGCGCCUAGUCUUGUCGAUGCCAAUGGCGCGGCUAUGUCGCGAAGCGAUUUCCACAAUGUCAUGGAUGACUUCCUCGCUGGCUGGGACGACAACACCAGUGCUCAAGCCAAACGCAAGGGCACAAAGUUCAAGCGCGGCAAGAACGGCAACGAAGCAAUUGGUAUCCGCAUGCUCGACGAGGUGCGAUCUGGGCUUGGUCCCGCUCGCUUUUCGGCUGGCAGCGGGCGAAAGGUCCCAGGCAGGGCUUAG